AUGACUUAUCGACUGCUUUCAGAAGAGCAGGUUUCCUCCUCUGACCCUGAUGGCCUUCAGAGGCUGACUGCAUUGCUUAGCAGCGUCGUCCUGUCAGCACAUAGACAAGAGGCAGAAAAUAGAAUUUUUGGGCAAGAAAAGCUGGCUUUUACUGCACUGUAUACUCUGUAUACUGAAAUGACAUUGGAUUCAGGGAAUAAAAUUCCUGUGAUAGGGCAGUUUGCAGAGCACUUUCUUCGUGUGGCUUAUAAAAAUUUAAAUGAAGUUCUACAGGCUCCUUUAAGCCGAGGGUACCCACCUGCAAGCCGAAGACCAGAUGCAUUCAGAGGAUGCUGCACUUUUGAGGAGCCCUUUACUGCCUGUGGCUAUAGUCAGUCCGAUGACGAUGACCUUAACUGGGAUCAGGUGAACACGCUGAUCAAGCCCUCCACAGAUCAGUGGAUGCCAUCAGGAUCUUUCAUGUUAGUGAAUACAUCUGGGAGAUUCGCUGGACAGAAAGCUCACCUGCUGCUGCCUCAUCUAAAGGAAAAUGAUACACAUUGUAUUGAUUUCCACUACUACAUUUCAAGCAAGAGUGGAUCUAGCCCUGGCACUUUGAAUGUAUAUGUGAAAGUCAACGAUGGCCCUCUUGGUAACCCAGUCUGGAACACAUCUACCACUGGUACUUGGAACAGAGCAGAACUGGCAAUUAGCACCUUUUGGCCUAACUUCUAUCAGGUUGUUUUUGAGGUGGUCACUUCAGGUCAUCCAGGAUAUGUGGCUAUUGAUGAAGUGAAAGUUUUAGGACAUCCAUGCACAAAAACUCCCCAUUUCUUGCGGGUUCAGAGCGUGGAAGUUAAUGCAGGGCAAUUUGCUACUUUUCAAUGCACUGCCAAUGGUAGAACAAAUGCAGGUGACAGGCUCUGGUUACAGGUAAUUUCUUUCUUUUCUAAUACACUGAGAUUUUGA